CUGAUUACUGAAACACGCGUCGACAUGUUUAACUAUUGUUUUCAUUUAUAUUCGUAAUGUAACAAAAGUGUAUGAUUAUUCAAUUGUGUUCUAAAGGUUCUAUAUGGCCAAAUUAACCUAACACAUGUGUGUGGUCAAAAAACCUGUGCUGGACAAAAUAUUUUUUUUUCUAGAAAAGAAUCCAAAAAAUAUAGCUAAAAAUUCGAUCAGGAAUUUCAUAAACAGAGAAGAGGUCAAGAGGAGAAGAUUCAACAUCAAAAUUGAUAACCUCUUUUGAGAUUUAAUCAAAUUUACGUAUUUAAACAAGAGCGAUUAAUGUGUCCAAUGUAACAAAGUUACAAAACUGUAUCUUCAGGGUCAACAUCAAAAUUGAUACCUUUUGAUAUUUGGUAAGAUUGACGAAGUCUUUUAAAGAUGAAUGAAGAUAAAAGGAUGAAUCUAGAUCGGAUCCUUGUCGAAGAAGUGGGGCAAUGGGGAAGGUUCCAGGUCAGGGCUGUGGUGUUAUGUGCCCUAGUCACCGUAAUGGGUGGUUUGCAGUGCUAUGCGUAUCUAUUUACUGUUGUGAAGGUCAAAACAAGGUGCCUCAUCCCCGAAUGUGAGGACUCCAUCCCCGUGUUCUCCCCACUAUGGAUCCUGAACGCAGUGCCGUCGUCAGGGAAGUCCUUCGACAACUGCCAUCGUUUCCCAGCGAGGAUAUGGAACACCACUGACUCUUGUCCUGCUGACUGGUUUAUAAGGGAUUCGUUGGAGAGAUGUGAAGAGUAUGUUUAUGAGCAUAAAAACUCGGCUUAUUAUGAGUUCAACCUGGCUUGCGAUGAAUGGCUCCCAACCCUGGUCGGCUCCGUGCGAACCGUCGGCUACAUGAUCUGCUUGCCCAUCAUGGGUCUAGUAACGGAUCGCUGGGGCCGAAGACUGGCUCUGUCAUUUACAGCCUUCUACGUUGCUUGUAUUGGGUCCUCGACGUAUUUUGCUGGAUCAUACAUCAGCUAUAUAACGCUGUCAUUUGCGGAGCAACUGCUGGGAGCGUGGGUUUUUCCUUGUUCUUACGUUUUAGCUGUGGAAUACGUGGGGCCAAAAUACCGAAUGUUCACUGGUGCGUCUAUCAGCACGAGUCUCGCCGUCGGAGAAAUCCUUCUAGGCUUCAUAGCCUGGUUGCAGCCUUAUUGGAGACAUCUGAUCCUCAUACUCUACGUGCCUGAAUUUAUCUUCAUCAUCUACAUCUGGAUCGCACCAGAAUCAGUUCGGUGGCUUAUGAGCAAAGGUCGCUAUGAAGAAGCUUUGACCAUCUUGAAAAAAGCUGCUGAAGUAAAUGGAAAAACUCUAUCGGAGAAAACUUUAAAAGAAUUCUCGGAAGUUAAAGAAGUUGAGAAUAAAGAAAAAGUUCCCGAGCCUUGGUUAGUGUGUUUGAUUUUCAAACAUAAGGCAAUGUUACUGCGAUGCUUUGUGACGCCGAUAUGGUGGCUCACGUCCAUUUUAAUGUACUACGGGUUGACGAUAGCAUCAGUAGGGAUAUCGGGCAACAAGUACCUGAACUACACGACGUCCAUAGCUGUUCAGGUACCGGGCUGCCGCCGGGGUAUGCCGUGUGGUGCCGGUGGAAUAGAAUAG